UGGACGCGUCGCGACGGUGAUGUGAAAGACGACGGCGACUUGUUUACUUCUCUGAAUCCACGGCAUGGUUUAAGAGUGGCAUUUGAAGAACACGAUGAGUUUCCUAAAUUCUCUGUCGGAAUAUGUGACCAAUAGUGUUGCAGGCCUGACUCUGAGUCCUAAAAGGUUCUCCUUGACUCGAACCGACACUUCAGAAGCCACAAUCCCGAUCGGUUCGAGGAGCAACUCCGGGGACAGCAACACUCCGGGCUUCCCCAAAGUAAUUCCGACUCCAGGAGCUGUAGCGCCAAUCCAGCGUCGGAGGAGCACACUAGAAUGUCCCGUUCCAGCUCCGCCAGGAAGAAGACCUGGAUCCUUUCGGCAAAAAUCCCCGAGAGCAACCCCCGAAAGACCCCCGACCUUUUGCCACCGGAGACAGAGCUGGCCUGAGAUCGACCACCAGGUUUGUUCCGGAGUCCAAGAAAUCGACGGUUCAUACUUCGAAAGCUUCACGGCAUUGGCAUGGAAGCAGAAGAACCAGCGUCAAAGCAUCCUCAAGCUAACAGAGUCUUCGGCCAGCGACCCCCCACCAAUGGAGGCUCAGUUGGGCAUCUCCCCAAUCGACUACUCUUCUCCACCCAACGAAAAAGAUAAACUCUAUGUAGAGAUGCUGUACACGAUCGCCAAUACGGUGGGAGCUCCAGCACCAGGUGGACAAUACGCUCAUUACAAAGAAGAUCUGUACCUCUACGGCCAGAGAGCUUUCGGCAUGCCACCAGAUAGGCAUUACCGUAUGCUGCAUCUAGCAGGAGAAGAACAACCACCCAUUGUAGUUCUGAGUGUGGUGGUUAUCGAAGCAGAAGGUUUGGAAGCUAAAGACGCAAACG